CCCCCGGCAGCGCGGCCAUGGCCGCUUGCCUCACAUCGCGGAGCUUUGGAGCCUUGCAAAGCCUCUCCUGCCGCCGCCCUCCGUCGCUACUGCAGCCGCUUGUGGCCAGGCUUGGCGCGGCCCACAUGAACUCCAGCGCAGGCCUCGGCCGCGCAAUGUCAGCCGCGUCCCUGGUCCGCUCCGAAGGCUUCGUAGGAGGCCGCUGGGUGAAGGCGGCAACGGCUUUCCCCGUAAGGGACCCGGCCACCGGCGCAGAGCUGGCUCAGGUAGCUGACUGCGGGUUGGCGGAAGCUCAGGCCGCCGUGAGGGCCGCCUACGAAGCCGGCGCCGCCUGGAGCGCCGUCCCUGCUAAGGAAAGAAGUGCUUUGCUUCGUAAAUGGUACAAUUUAAUGAUAGAGAAUAAAGAUGACCUUGCAAAGUUAAUUACAGCAGAGAAUGGGAAACCACUCAAAGAAGCUCAAGGUGAAAUUCUCUACUCUGCUUCCUUCUUGGAAUGGUUUGCUGAGGAAGCUCGGCGGAUUUACGGUGACAUCAUUCCAUCUUCUGCAAAAGAUAGAAGAAUUGUAGUACUGAAGCAGCCAGUGGGAGUUGCUGCCAUCAUUACUCCUUGGAAUUUCCCGAGUGCUAUGAUUACACGGAAAGUGGGUGCUGCUCUGGCAGCUGGCUGUACAGUGGUAGUGAAACCAGCGGAAGAUACACCCUUAUCUGCUUUAGCACUUGCUGAGCUUGCGAAUCAGGCUGGGAUUCCUGCAGGAGUAUACAAUGUUGUUCCAUGUUCUAGGCAACAGGCACCAGCAGUUGGGGAACUUCUGUGCACUGAUCCCUUAGUAGCCAAAAUCUCUUUUACUGGAUCAACAGCUACAGGAAAGAUAUUGCUGCGCCAUGCUGCUGGCACUGUGAAGAGGGUCUCCAUGGAGCUUGGAGGACAUGCUCCCUUCAUCGUGUUUGACAGCGCUGAUGUAGACAAAGCAGUUGCAGGAGCUUUAGCUUCUAAAUACAGAAACUCUGGCCAGACCUGUGUAUGUACAAACCGAUUCUUGGUGCAAAAAGGGAUCCAUGAUGCAUUUGUGGAAAAGUUUGCACAAGCCAUUAAGAAAGAGCUGUGUGUUGGCAAUGGAUUUGAAGAAGGGACUACCCAGGGACCCCUAAUUAAUGAAAAAGCUGUGGAAAAGGUAGAGAGACACAUUGAUGACGCAGUUUCCCAAGGAGCAUCCAUAGUUAUAGGAGGAAAAAGACACAGUUAUGGAAAAAACUUUUUUGAGCCAACUCUACUCAGCAAUGUCACAACAGACAUGCUGUGUACACAAGAAGAGACUUUUGGUCCUUUGGCACCAGUUAUCAAGUUUAAUACAGAGGAAGAAGCUCUUGCCAUAGCAAAUUCAGUCAAUGUGGGCUUAGCAGGUUAUUUCUACUCUCGGGACCCUGCUCAAAUUUGGAGAGUAGCAGAGUGCUUGGAGGUUGGAAUGGUUGGCAUUAAUGAAGGGAUUGUGUCUUCUGUUGAGUGCCCUUUUGGCGGCGUAAAACAAUCUGGACUUGGAAGAGAAGGAUCAAAAUAUGGUAUUGACGAAUAUUUGGAAAUAAAGUAUGUUUGCUUUGGAGGCUUACAAUAGCCAUUAUGACUAUGAAACCAAGGUACAACUAGAAAAUAUUUUGGAACGUUUACAAAUAAUACACAUAAACGCUGAGUUUCCCCCACUAAAAUGAAGGAAUUUGGUUUUGUGGAGAGAUGUUUAUACUUAGAAUUAUGGCAGUAUAUCACAACACAAAGUAUUUGUGUCUGGAAGUUUAUAAAAAUAUAGACUUACUUUCAGAACUAUCUUUAUCAGUAUGCAGGCAAGACUAGCAAUUCUUUUACUGAUCUUAACUCUGAAGAAUGUGGAGAUUUUUUACUAAUGUAGGUAGGUUUUGGAGGAGUUAGAGAAGCAAAAAGAUGCUUUUCUAUCUUUCUCUUUAUAUGUGGAACAAUUAGGAAGCUAGCAGUGCUUAUAUAAAUAGUGCCAAAAUCAGAAUUUCUUUUUAAAAAAUGCUAGACUUCUUUCUGAUUGCCUGCCUUAAGAGGCUACUAGGAGAAAAAUUGAUGCUCACAGCAAAGGAAAUCUCAUCAGUAUCAUUGUGUGAUGUCUGAAACUAAAUGUCCUUGUAAAUAUAGAAUCUUCCCGUUUAUAACCAUUCUUGUUCCUGAGCAUUUUUAGGGAGAAACCUGUGAUUUGUGUUUAUUAGCCGAGCUUUGAGACCAAAUGUUGUAUUUUUAUUACAAUCGCACAAGGAUAUGAACCUCAACUGUUGUGUAAGAAGUUCCUGUUGCAAUUUAUUUGGCUUGGUGUCUUCCCAAAGAAGAAAGUUCCCUUAGAUUCGCCAGAGAUUUCCCACGUGGCACAAAAGGGGUCUUUGGAAGUUGACAGAGAGAAUGGUUAUGUAGAUGAGCACAGAGUACCCAUAUGCACAAGUGAUUUUUGUCCUGUGCCCACAAAAGAAGUUGGUAUUCAGUUUGAAUGCCAAAAUACAAGGGCUCUUCCCUCCCUAAACCCCCUUCCUCUUGCAUUACUGUACUGAAUAUUAUUACUGCCCUUAAAGGUUUGACAUAAUUCACUGUCAAGUAAUAUUUGCUAUUUGGAAGCUGUUCUGCCCUCUGGGAUCUUGCUGCUCAUUCUACAGAUACCUUGAAGGCCAGGAACAUGUACCUGAAUCUCAGCAAGGCAAAAACUUCCAAAGAACAAGAGUAAAAGAGAUGAAGGACUUCGUACAGAUUAUAAAAAGAUUAUAACUUCCUACAGAUUAUAAGAGUUGCACUGCAGUAUAUAUUUAGAAUCCUAUUCAAGAUGUUAUGUGGUUCAAGCUCUUGAUGCAACAUCCACAUUAGGCUAAUUCUUGUGAUCAAGUCCUCUUUGUAUUAGUAGCUACUUCUUUAGAUGGAAAAACUUAGUAGAAAUGUGGCUUCUUACCACUGUUGCAUUAAAUUGAGCAGGUAUUUCAUUUACCUAGCAAAACUUCAUUAGAAGUUCUUCCUUUUUUUGCUUUGUAUCAUAUCUUGGGGUUCCUUUAAUGAAUCAUGUUCACAUCCUUUUUUUAAAAAAAAUUCAGACAUUUAUCAAUCUCCUUUUGAGACUUUCCUAGAUUUCUAAAAUAAUUAAUAAUGCAGCAUGUGGAGCUGUUCUUUGGAAGCACUUGUCUGAACCUAGGUUUGUUACUUUUUGGAUCUUUUCUUGUCAAAUUUGGAAAAUUUUUAUCUAAAUCAGCCUGCACAACAACCUGGUAUUUCUUCUGCUAGAGAUAAAAAGCUAGCUUUUUCCUCAUUUUCACUGUCUUCACUGAUUCCCUUCAAUACAGCCCUUCCUAUAUGGUUUUUUUUGUCCAGAGAGGUCCCAUGAUAUUCAGCAGAAUGUUUUUGGUGGUCAAAAGCAACACUUGUCUCCUCCCUUUUUAACCUGCUGAAAAGGUGGUUGGAUCCAACCCUUACACUGUUGUAUUCAACAGACUUCUGAAAAGCACUCAUAUCACUAAUUGCUUUUUAGAGAAAAAAAAUAUGGCAUAUCUGAAGCUUGAUCUAGUGCCAACAAUAUGAGGGGCUUAUUGCGUUAAAUAAGACUGAGUUGUGAAUGUUUACGAUUUCUUUUUCGUGUGUGGAUCGGUGUGUUCUUGCAAUCGUGCCAACAAGGACUGAUGUAGCUGAAAAUAAACAUGGGCUAGCUUUGUCAUCACAGCUUUUUUGUAGCAGGAACCCCUUUGCAUAUUAGGCCACGCCCCCCCCCCGAUGUAGCCAAUCCUGGAAUCUACAGUAGGCUCUGUACUAAAAGCCCUGUAAGCUCUUGGAGGAUUGACUACAUCAGGGGUGUGUGGCCUAAUAUGCAAAGGAGUUUCUGCUACCAAAAACCCCCGUUUUGUUAUCCAGAUGCUGUAUUAUUAGAGUAUGUCGAAGUCAGUGGUGCUCUUGAUGCUAUUUCCUGCCCAUGUUUAGAGCAGUGCUUAAGGGAGACAGAAGAGAAGCCGACACAGCAACAAAAUAAACUGUUUUCUUAUGAGAGCAGAAAGCUACAAAAUACAAUUUGAAAGGUUAAUUCAGAAUACUUGCACUCUGGGCCCUGUUGGGCUGAUCUAUAAGUACUGUUGGGGAAAAAAACCUAUAAAUGGUGCCAGCUAUUUCAAACCAGCAUGUGAAGGUAAAUUUAGAUGGCCAGGUGAUGUUCACAUUUGCCAUACAUGUAUGUGGUGUCGGUAAACCUCAGAUUAUUCUCCCCUUUGUGGCAACUGACAUGUAAAAAUACGAUUUUCAAAAAUUAUGGAUAGAAUAUGCUCGGAUCUUGUCAAUGGACUUUUUUGGGGGGGAAGAAUGCAGUUAAAUAACUGAGAAGCACAAAUUGUUGACUUUGUGUAAAUCCUAGUCAUUCAUUCUAAGUUUGUUUAUGAUUGGAAAAACCUGGUUUUAAUAUAUUUCUGUAUGUAUGUCUACAUAAAAAUGUGUUACUAUUUGAGUGUUGUACACUGUGAUUCCUUAGCUGAAGGAGCUACUUGAAUUCUGACACUUCCCCCCAGCAAUGUUUAGUAUGUAUUGUAAAUAUAGAGAAUUUAACAAACAAUAAAAUAAAUAUCUAACUUUC